UGAUGGCUAUCGAUAACCGCAUUCCACUUUCGACGCAUACAGAAUUUGCAAAGCCGCAGAAAAUUUAAGAAUCCGAGGAAUAUUCGCGAUAUAUUGGGAAAAAAGCACUGUAAUUAUCUUUUGACGCAAGCAAAAGAGAAUCCACACAACCAAAUUGCGAGAAAGUUCUCAAGCAGCACCAACCGAGGAAAGAAGUACCGGAAGAGCCGCCCAUGAGUAGUCAUCGAGACGGAGCCGGAGCCGAUCGAAUCACAAUCAAAAUCCACAACAUGAAGCGCAGCGCCUCGCGCUCCCCGGGUCCGGCCGCCAGGAGCAGUUUGUCGCGCAACUCGCGGAGCAUGGGUCGUGGCUACGACAACGGCAGCGGGGUGCCGGGCGACUCUCCCGAGCGCCUGUCGCCGGAGCGCAUGCGACGCCGCUUGGAUCGCUCGCCAAGUCCACGUGGCCGCUACGGCUCUCCGCACCGGGAGCCCUACUUGCGUGGUCCUCCACCCGCUGAGCGACCCGCUGCCUACAAGGUCCUGUGCGUCAGCGCUCUGCCGCCCAAGGCUCCGGACGAGUUCAUCGAGGAGACACUGUACCGCGAGUACAAGAAGUUUGGAGACUUCAGUGUGCGACUGGCUCAUGAUCUGGAUGAAAGGGUGGCCUAUGUUUGCUUCCGGACGCCGGAGGAUGCACGCGAGGCCAAGCACCACAAGCCGCGCCUCAUCAUCUACGACAAGAUGGCCAUUGUGGAGCCGGUGUACAAGUCCACCACUAGGCCAGAGUAUAGACCCCGCGGGCACUCCAUGUCCCCGCCAGACUACGAGCGCUAUCACUACUCUCGCUCACCCAUGGGCCCGGGGGCUCCUCUGGAUCACCGCCGGCCCCCGCUUGAUCCCUAUGACCGCUACGGUCCUCCGCAUAUGCAUCCGCACGCCGUACAUCCACGGGAUUACCGGCCAAUGCACCAUGACUAUCCACAUCCGCCACGCGGUCCACCUCUGCAUCGCGGCGGCCAUCCUCAUCACCUCCAUGGCCACGCACCACCCCAUCAGUACGCUCCCAUGAGACCACUGGCGCCACGUCCACAUGCUCCUUACGAAAAGCCCGAGAGCAAAAAGGACAAGUUCCCCAACUAUUUGCACCACGUGCAGCCCGAGGACGAUCCCCUUUCCACGCGCACCCUGUUUGCAGGAAAUCUAGAGGUGACCAUUGCCGACGACGAGCUGCGUCGCAUCUUCGGCAAGUAUGGAGUAGUGGAUGAUAUUGACAUCAAGCGUCCACCGCCUGGCACGGGCAACGCGUUCGCGUUUGUGCGCUACCAGAAUCUGGAUAUGGCUCACCGGGCAAAGAUCGAGCUAUCCGGGCAGUACAUCGGCAAGUUCCAGUGCAAGAUCGGAUACGGCAAGGUGACUCCGGCUACUCGUAUGUGGAUCGGAGGAUUGGGCGGCUGGACCUCGGUCACUCAGCUGGAGCGAGAGUUCGAUCGUUUCGGCGCGAUCAAGAAGAUCGAAUACCAAAAGGGCGAGCCAUACGCUUACAUUCAGUACGAGACCGUGGAGGCGGCCACGGCGGCGGUAAAAGAGAUGCGAGGAUUUCCCCUGGGCGGACCGGAGCGUCGACUUCGCACGGACUUCGCAGAACUACCGGGCGCCACACCGGCAGCACCAUUUAAGGGCUCCAAGCCGCCAUAUGACGAAAGUGCGUUGGAGUACCGGCGUCCGGAAUAUGAUCCCUACUACGAGGAGUCUGCGUCCUACGCACCGCGAGGUGGCUACUCCCCGUAUCCACCCAGAGGUGGCUACCGCGGACGUGGUGGCUAUCGUGGAAGAGGACGCGGCAUGUACCACUACCACAAUGAUGUUCACAGGCCGCCGCAUCCUGGGUCCUUAGGUGGGUCCUCCUCGUCGGUGCCGCCUCCUGGAGGAGUGGAUGAUGAGUGGCGACGCCCACCUGGAGAAUCUUACGACAGGGGAGCCCGCUCCAGCUCUCGGGAACCUGGCGUGGAACGCUCUCGGUCCAGAUCGCCUUUGAAGCGCGCUCGCUCUCCCGGAUCCGAUUCCGACACGUCGACUCGCCGCAACGACGCUCUUGGAUCAGCCAGUACAGUGCCCGAGGUGGCUCGCAAGUGCAGUACAGUGUGGACCGGAGCCCUGAUCCUUAAGAGCUCCCUGUUCCCAGCCAAGUUCCAUCUGACGGACGGCGACACAGAUAUUGUCGAGUCGCUGAUGCGCGACGAAGAGGGCAAGCACAACCUACGCAUCACCCAGCGACUGCGCUUGGAUCCGCCAAAGCUGGACGAUGUGCAAAAGCGAAUUGCAUCGUCUUCGUCGCACGCUAUCUUCAUGGGCUUGGCCGGCUCAACAAAUGACACCAAUUGCGACGAUGCCAGCGUGCAGACGCGUCCGCUGAGAAACCUGGUCUCUUACCUAAAGCAGAAGGAGGCGGCUGGCGUCAUCUCUCUACUGAACAAGGAGACGGAGGCAACCGGAGUGCUGUACGCCUUUCCGCCCUGCGACUUCUCCACGGAGCUGCUAAAGCGCACAUGCCACAGUCUGACAGAGGAGGGUCUGAAGGAGGACCACCUGGUCAUAGUGGUUGUGCGCGGUGGAACGGCCUAAAGUGUAGCUGAGUCGGUGGGGAGGAGAGGCAGGUGUUGGACAAACUGGAGGUAAUGACUAGCCACAGUGCUCAAGGAGAGGCUCCGACACACCUAACUAUAACAUAAAAGCCGUAGUCGUAUCUUAGAUGGCCCCUCAAAAGGAGGAGGACAAGGGGGUUACAUACACGCAUGGGUCGUGUAUGUGCAUCCUCCAAGCACCGCACACACACACACACACAUGAUGCACACAUCCAGAGACAUGAGCAGAACCGAGGAGAUAUCACCCACACCUCAUGACCCCUAUCGCGUAUUAAUUAACCAUUAAUUAACCUUCUUUUGCAGACAGGAUCUCUCUUUAUGGUUUCAUUUCAAGUUCUCGAUGUGUUAGUGCCAGUGAAGUUCAUACAUCUUUUUUAUUAUUGUGCUAAAAAGUUCGAAAAAGUCGAUCAAGAUUGUAUUUAAAAACAACCCAUACAAUUUUUCCAAUUUUAUUAUGUUAAAGUGUACAACUGAGAAUGAAAACAACAUGAGUAAAAAACCAAACAUUUUCUAAAAAGUCCAUUCGAGUGUCCGCCUAUGAUCAACAACUAGUGCAUAAUAAUCUCGAUGAAACAGUUUUUGUGUUCCUUAAAGUUGAUUUCCUAUUUUCAUUUGUGUUACGCUGAUGAUUUCGCCUUUUGGUCUUUAGUUUGUGAUCCUGAAAAUACAGUGCGACAAAAGUGCACCAAGUAGUGGUCUGAUUGUCCAGUUGAGUCCACAACCAAACAUUACGAAGUGUCUCAAGAGAUUGUCUGCAGUGCGAUUUUCCCGUAACAAGAGCAAUCAGUGCGAAGUGUUUAAUUCUAGCUGGGCUUCAGUUCAGUUCCCCUCGAUCUCUCAGAGGUUCCUUGGUGAUUUUGGCCUGUGGGUGCGUGAAAGUGGCUACCAUAUCCAAAUCGUGUUCCGAUCCCCGAUCUAUAUCCGUCUUCCAUCCGAAGAGAGAACGUCGUGUAGCAUUUGCUCCAAAAUGUCUUUGCUGUUUGAUUGGGUUUGGCAAUUGUUACAUUGGUUUUCUUGUGGCUGCUAUCAACAAAAUGGUGUUUUGUUUAUAAUUUAUACAUGCGUUCAUGCUACAUUAUGUUUCUGUGAGUUCAAGUGUCAUUUCACGAACAAAAAUCAGUCGAUUUACAAUGAUAAUCCAAGGAGUUGGCCUAGUGCAUGUGUUGUGUAUGCGAGUGUUCUCAAAAAUAUUAUUUAUAUAUAUACCAAUCGUAAAUCUGUACACUCAGAGAUAGUUAUAACGAUCUAACUGCGUUUGAUCUUGCAUCAUUAGACAGAUGUUCGAAUAAUUUAGGCUUGAGAAAAUAUUAUAUCAAACUAUUACACUGAUAUUUAAAUAAACGUCAACUACCGAAUCCUA